AUGAAUCUUUCUUUCUUUAUUGCUUCUUACAUUUCUUUCUUUCUUUCUUUCUUUCUUUCUUUCUUUCUUUCUUUCUUUCUUUCCUUCUUUUCACUUUCUUCCAUAAAUCUUUCCUUAUUUCUUUACGCUUUCUUUCUUUCUUCGCUUACUGACCCCUACGUUUCUCUCCUUCAUUUAUUCUUUGCUCCGCGUUUUUAUUCCUUAUUUUGUUCUCAUUAUUAUCGAAUUCCUUCUCCAAAUUUAUCUUUUUUUACUCUCAUCUCAAUUCCCCCCAUCAUUCUCUUUCUUUUAUUAUUUUCUCCACUCCUUUUUUCUUUUCCUCUUCCCUUUCUUUCUCUUUUUCCUUUCUGUCUUUCUUUCUUUUAUUCGCUUUCUCGCGUUCAUUCCCAUUUUUUUAUUAUCUCCAUCGAUCUUUUUCUCAUUCUGCUAACCUCUCUUAAUCUUUCUCUUUUUCUUUCUCUUUUUUACGUUCAUCUUCCUUUUCAAUCUUUCUCUCUCCCUCUCUUCCUAUUCCCUAUCUUUUUCUUUCGCUUUCUCUCCUGUACUAUUUUUCCUUCUCUUUUUCUCCUUCCAUUUCUUUUUUGCUCUUUUUCAAUCGCUUAUUCUCAGUUUCUUUCUUUCUUUCUUUCUUUCUUUCUUUCUUUCUUUCUUUCUUUCUUUCUUUCACUGUCUAUGUUCUUUGUUUCAGACGAUAGCUUAUUCACUUUUAUGAUUCCAUUUUUCCUUCCUUCCUUCCAUUUUUUAUCGUUGUUCUAA